AUGAAAAUGAUUGAAAACGGUCCUCGAGAAUUUGCAUUUGAUCGAACACAGCUUCAAAGAGUUCUCCGUAUGGCUGCCAAAAUAUUUCUCGAAGAAAGUACGCUGCUGGAGAUUCCGCUACCUACUAUGAUAUAUGGGGAUACACAUGGCCAAUACUCGGAUCUUCUCCGCUGGUUCAAUCUGAACGGUUGGCCACAUGAAACUCGGUGCGUCUUUCUGGGCGAUUUCGUUGACCGAGGUUCACACGGUGUCGAACUGUUCACACUACUUACGUGCCUAAAGGUUUGUUUCCCUGAUAACAUCUUCGUCAUACGUGGGAAUCAUGAAGAGGAAAGCCUGAACCAGUUGUACUCGUUUGCCAGCGAAGUUCAUACCAAAUUCGAAUCCAAAAUGCAUAACACCAAGCUAUAUAAAGAGCCUAUGUAUGACUAUUUCAAGAACGUUUUCAUGAACCUACCUCUUGCUUGUGUAAUUGGAGGCGAUAUUCUGGCGAUGCACGGAGGGAUCAGUCCGAAACUGAGAUCUUUGCAAGUACGUAAAGUUUCGAGUACAUGA